AUGGUUUGUGUUCCAGUCAUAUGCAGCUGUGUAAGUAAUCCAAGAACUGUUUCCAUUCCAGAGCAUUACUCGGAUCCAGCACGGAAUGUUCUUUGUCCAAGAUGCAAUGCGAUAAAUGACACAGUCUACAAAGUAGACAGAAAAAGGUGCUACAUUUGUUUCUGCUGUUGCAUUCCCUGUGGCCACAGCAAUCCCUACCUAGCCUGCUCAAGAUGUGGCCACAAUAUAGGCAAUAUUGAAAUUAUCAGAUGUAGAAAGUGUGGAGUUGGAACCUCGUGCAGAUCAAACUUUUGUCCGAACUGUGGAGAAAGGAAAUAA